AUGCAGCCUGGGAAAGAAAACUCUGCAGUUGAACUGUCCUCUUAUAAGCAACAAAAAGACAUUGAACACGUCAUGGGUCAAAUGGAAACCGCUUUGGAUAUUGGGUGUGUGUUGGAUUUGUUGGCUCAUGGAUGCUAUGACUGUAGGAUCAUGCUAACUGACCCCUCUGGAGUUUUCACUUCUCCGUGCUUCCCCAGUGAUUAUCCCAACAGCCAAGCAUGCAAGUGGAUCAUCCGAGCACCUCAUGGAUUCAUCAUACAGCUAACAUUUAUAGAUUUUGACAUUGAAGAAGCUCCGGGCUGCAUUUAUGACUCACUGACAUUAGACAAUGGAGAAAGCCCAAUGAACCUUUGUGGCAUCACUGCCAAAGGAUUAUCCUAUAACUCUACUGGAAAUGAAAUGAUUGUGUCAUUUAAAAGUGACUUCAGUAUCCAAAAGAAAGGUUUUAAUGCCAGCUAUGUACGAAUUGCUGUGUCUCUGAGGAAUCAGAAAGUCAUAAUUCCCCAGGCUCCCGAUGUCGAUGCUGUGUCUGUGGCAGAGACUGUGUCAGUGCCAGAGCUUAGCCAGUUUACACUGUGCUUUGAAGCAACCAAGGGCAGUAGCGAUGACAACGAUGACUGGAAGGUUUUCUCCUACACCGAUGCAUCGUCGACAGAAUUCUUCAGCUUUGGGAAGACCACAAAAGGCCAUUUUCUGUUCAUCUCAGGCACGCAAUGCAUCCUUGAGAAUGCAUUACCCCGAAAUGGAGAGUUUUUCACGGGAACAUUUCAACAGCUCUGUGUCGUAGGAGAUAGCUUCUCGGGCAGUAUAGGUGUACAUGCCAGAAGCACCUAUCAUAUAGUGUACUGUCCGGGUAUCUUUGGCAAAGUUAUCCCUGGAAACGGGAGGCUGGUGCUGGGCUCUAACAGCAAUGAAGUGAGCUCUCUAAAUGGGGACAUUUACAACUUCCGCCUCUGGAAUUUCACCAUGAAUGCGCAAACACUGGCCAACCUCAGCUGCGAUGUGAAAGGAAACAUUGUAGACUGGGAAAAUGAAUUCUGGAGUAUUCCAACUUCAGCACUGAAAGCAGAAAACAAUUUGAGUUGUGGCUCAUACCUAAUUCCCUCUUCAGCAAUUGAACCAACCAGUUGUGCAAACUUGGGAAGCCUUUGUCAAGCUACUGUAAAUGCUACUACUCCUACACCACCCACUGUCACCACUAACAUGCCCGAUACUAAUAGAAACGAUAAGCCAAACAAUGGUGGGCUAUUCUACAGGAUAUCUAUAAUUGUCUUUAGUCCCAACUCCAAUUCAGAAUUGAAAGUGCAUGAUGUGGUUGCAGAAUGGCUAAACCGUACUUUCCAGAACUGGAAUUACACUGUAUAUGUGGUCAAUAUCAGCAUCCACCCUGGCUCCAUAAAAGAGGGAGUAAGAGAAAAAAGAAGUAUUAAAAGUUUUGGGGUUUUGGCUCUUCUGGUUUAUAAUGCUACCAACAACAUCAGUUUAGAAGAGGAAGACAUCCGACAGAAACUCAUAAAUAAUAAUAAGACCAUGGAAGGAGGAUAUAUGCUUCAUACUGUGGAUGUUGAUCCAGUGGAAAAAUGUUUAGCUGAAGAAAACCCUCCAAACUACUUUUGGCCAGAUACCAGACCAACUGUGACCAACUUUAUAUUAUGCCAUGGGAGCUCAGUUCAGACUGCAUCAAGAACCUGCUAUUUGGGUCUGAAGAACUAUACAUCAUACUGGGGCCAGCCUGAUCUUAGAAAUUGCACAGAAAAUGCAGCAGAUAUAGCCAAUCAGCUUCUGAAUCUCACUGGUGAAGGGCAGCAGCUAACCUCAGACAAAGUAAAUGAUGUUGUGCAGAAGCUCAAAAAAAUUGUGAACGAUGAAGAAAUUGAUGAAUCUCUGGGUUCUACCGUGGUGACAAUUUUUUCCAAUAUUCUGACCAGUUCAGACAGUGUAUUGGCAGCAUCAUCUUCAGAAGCUCUAAAAACUAUUGAUGCCUUGGCUUUAAAGAUUCAGUUCACUGGACCAUCCAUGAGUAUUUCAACACGAAACCUUGCACUUGGAGUGUCUUCUUUAAACUCAACUUCAUUCAAAGGUGGUUCUUUCAGUGUCAGCCCACAGAACAAUGCAUCUGAUUUCCAGAUAGAUUUUGACAAGGAUCAGACAAAUGCCUUCGCUUCUGUUGUUCUGCCACCAAGUUUACUGAAGAAUUUAAGUCAAGAUGAGUUUGAAGUUAUAUCCAGGGCUCAAUUUACUUUCUUCAAUAAAAAUGGUCUUUUUCAGGAUGCAGAAAAUCCUGCCAAUUUGACUAGUUUUGUGGUGGCAUGCAGUAUUGGAAAUAUAACCAUUCAGGAUCUUCAGGAUUAUGUGAAGGUUACAAUUAAGCAUACCAAAAUUCAGGAAGAUCCUAAGCCUACUUGUGUCUUCUGGGAUAUGAACAAAAAUG